AUGUAUUCUUCCGUAUUAUUUCUUAUUCUUAUUCCACUCGUUGCUCAAGCGAGUUGGUUUGGGUUUGGUAACAAGAAGACUGAACCACCAAAGAUCACCACAACCACUCCUUCUGUUCUAGCAGCACUUGUUACUACGAUUAGUCCAUCAACAAAUGUGCCUUUCGGCUGGAAUUCCAAAACCACUAUGCAAUCUUCCUUAACACCCAUUACUGAACGUUGUGGUACUGCCAUGUACGAACAUAAUCCAAACAAUUAUUAUUGUGGUGCGUUUUCAAAUAAACGUCGUAAUGGACUUGGCAUUCGCACAUUUGGAGAUGGUGCAACAUAUCUCGGUGAAUAUCAUCUUGAUGGAGUAACCGGUGUUGGUUACUGGUUGGAAAAGAAUUCCAAUCGAUAUCUUGGUGAUAUCGUUAACAAACAGAAAGUCGGAAACGGCUAUUAUAUGUGGACUAAUGGUGAUUCAUAUAUGGGUUCAUGGUAUGCAAAUAAGAUGCACGGUGAAGGUGUAUUGUGGUCGAAAAAUGCCAAGGAAGUAUACAUUGGUUCAUUCGUCAACGGUAUUAAAAGCGGUCAUGGUACACUUCUCUCUACAAAUGGAAAUGUGAUCUAUAAAGGAUUAUUUACUAAUGACCAUCCACGAAAGAUGUAA